AUGGAUAUUGACGUCAUACCAUUUGCAAACUACUCUAAUUAUUAUACAUUUUUGAAAGUUAUGACUUGGAAUGCAACUACGAAAGAUGUGUUUAAAAUCACAGCACAUGAGGUGAGGAAGACCGAACUCAUGCUUGUACGAUUGGUGCAAAUGACCGCUUUUGCCGAGGAUGUCUUAUUGGUACGCGAAGGCAAGGAGCUUUCUAAUCGCAGUUCACUUUUUGAUUUAACGCCUGUGAUCGAUGAUGAAGGAAUUCUACGAGUGGGUGGCCGCAUAGACCAUGCUGAAUCCUUGCCAAUGUAUACUAGGAGACCAAUUAUCAUGCCACGGGAUCAUCCGAUGUCACGCCUCAUAACACGUCACUACCAUGAAAUGUACUAUCAUCAGAAUCAAGAAUCCAUCAUCUGCGCUAUCCGAAGUAAAUACUGGAUAACAAACAUUCGAGGUCUUCUAAAAUCUGUAAAACGUGAGUGUCAGCAUUGUAAAAAUAUGGGAGCGACUCCAAAGACUCCGUUAAUGGGACAAAUCCCAGAAGAUCGCUUAACACCGUAUAUUAGACCGUUUUCGUACACCGGCCUUGACUACUUUGGGCCGAUAAUGGUAUCUAUAGGUCGGCGUCGUGAAAAGAGAUGGGUGGCUCUAUUUACUUGCUUGACAAUACGAGCAAUUCAUCUGGAAGUAGCACGAGACUUAUCAACUGACGCCGUUAUUCUGUGCUUAAGGAACUUUGUCAAUCGCAGAGGAAUACCAGUUCGCCUACGCAGUGACAGGGGUACGAACUUCGUGGGGGCAAGCAAAGUCGAAUGGAUUUGUCUUAAAAAUGAUUUGGAAGCGGAGUGUACUCGUCGUGGAAUCGAGUGGGUAUUUAACUCACCAGCAAAUCCAUCAGCGGGUGGGGCGUGGGAACGUAUGGUUCGCAGUGUAAAAAGAGUCUUGUCAUUCACAUUGAAGGAAGCGGCACCGCAAAUAGAAACUCUGCAAAGUUUGCUUAUUGAAGCGGAGAAUUUAAUUAACUCCAGGCCACUUACGCAUAUACCAAUUGAAAGUGUUGAUUCCGACCCGUUGACCCCUAACCAUUUUAUUUUAGGGUGUCCUAACUAUAUUCAAACGUCAGAUUGCUCUAAGGCGGUAUGCUUACGAAAACAGUGGCGAGUCGUUCAGCAAUUGAAGCAAACCUUUUGGCGUAGGUGGAUGUUAGAGUAUUUGCCAACUCUAACCAGGCGCACUAAGUGGCAUCAAAGAGUUAAACCAAUUGCAAUUGGCGACGUAGUUAUCAUAUGUGACGACAACGAAAGUAGAGGCGAAUGGAAGCGCGGCAUAGUUCUGGAAGUGUAUCCUGCUCCUGAUGGUCAAGUAAGGUCGGCCCUCGUUAAAACAUCAUCCGGAAAUUUACGUAGACCUGCCUCGAAGCUCGCGGUCUUAGAUGUUUACGGUGAACCUCAAACUGCAGACGCACCUUCGGUUCACGGGGGGCGGAAUGUUGUGGAGAGCACCACGCUAUAAUUUAUACCAGUUUAAGACUUGAAUUUGAAUAUGAAUA